AUGGGUAUUUCACGCGACUCAUGGCAUAAACGUUAUAAGACAGGUGCUACUCGCCCAGUUCCACAUAAAAAGAGAAAGUACGAACUUGGUCGGCAACCGGCAAACACGAAGAUCGGAACCAAAAGAGUUCGUGUCAUUCGUGUAAGAGGAGGAAAUACGAAACUUCGAGCUUUGCGUCUUGAUGCCGGAAACUACUCGUGGGCUUCAGAACAAACGACCCGUAAAACUCGUAUAAUUGACACUAUUUACAACUCAACAAAUAACGAAUUGGUUCGGACGAAGACACUUGUGAAAGGCACCGUUAUCACUGUUGAUGCUGCUCCUUUCCGACAGUGGUAUGAAGCUCACUACGCUCUCCCACUUGCUAGGAAAAAGAAUCAGAAGCUCUCUGAAGAAGACAACGCUAUUAUAAAUAAAAAGAGGUCCGCAACUUGUCAGGCCAAGUAUACUGAACGACAGAAAAGUGCUGCCGUUGAUCCUCUUCUGUUGGAGCAGUUCGCGACUGGAAGACUUCUCGCUCGUAUUGCAUCCAGUCCUGGACAGGUCGGCCGCGCUGAUGGCUACAUCCUUGAGGGUAAAGAACUGGAGUUUUACCUUCGUAAGAUAAGAGCAAAGAAAGCUAAAUAA